CUCAGGGUGCGCUCGUGCCCAGUGAUCUGGGAGGGCAGGGAGGCAUGGCAGCGUCUCAGUUGAUGCCCACAGCGCCGUGAAGUCCCGUCUCCCCUCUGCACCGAUACUGACUAUGCAGAAAUUUAUCGAGGCGGAUUACUAUGAACUAGACUGGUAUUAUGAAGAAUGCUCGGACGUUCUCUGUGCUGAGAGAGUUGGCCAGAUGACUAAGACGUACAAUGACAUAGAUGCUGUCACUCGGCUUCUUGAGGAGAAAGAGCGGGACCUGGAGCUGGCUGCGCGCAUCGGCCAGUCACUGCUGAAGAAGAACAAGGCCCUCAGCGAGCGGAACGAGCUGCUGGAGGAGCAGGUGGAGCACAUCCGGGAGGAGGUCUCCCAGCUCCGCCAUGAGCUGUCCAUGAAGGACGAGCUGCUGCAAUUCUAUACCAGUGCUGCAGAGGAGAGUGAGCCCGAGUCCGUCUGCUCCACCCCGCUGAAGAGGAAUGAGUCGUCCUCUUCUGUGCAGAAUUACUUCCACCUGGAUUCUCUGCAGAAGAAGCUGAAGGACCUUGAGGAGGAGAACGUGGUCCUACGGUCCGAGGCCUGCCAGCUGAAGACCGAAACCAUCACCUAUGAGGAGAAAGAGCAGCAGCUGGUCAACGACUGCGUCAAGGAGCUCAGGGAUGCCAAUGUGCAGAUCGCUAGCAUCUCGGAGGAGCUGGCCAGGAAGACGGAGGAUGCUGCCCGCCAGCAAGAGGAGAUCACGCACCUACUCUCGCAGAUUGUGGAUCUGCAGAAAAAGGCAAAAGCUUGUGCGGUGGAAAACGAGGAGCUCGUGCAGCACCUGGGGGCGGCCAAGGAUGCCCAGCGGCAGCUCACGGCCGAGCUGCGCGAGCUGGAGGACAAAUACGCAGAGUGCAUGGAGAUGCUGCACGAGGCCCAGGAGGAGCUGAAGAACCUGCGGAACAGAACCAUGCCCAGCACCACAGCCCGGCGCUACCACUCGCUGGGUCUCUUCCCCAUGGAUUCCCUGGCGGCAGAGAUCGAGGGGACUAUGCGCAAGGAGCUGCAGCUGGAAGAGCCUGAGUCUCCAGACAUCGCGCACCAGAAGCGCAUCUUUGAGACUGUGAGGAACAUCAACCAGGUAGUCAAGCAGCGGUCGCUGACCCCCUCCCCCAUGAACAUCCCUGGCUCCAACCAGUCCUCGGCCAUGAACUCCCUGCUGUCCAGCUGUGUCAGCACCCCCCGGUCCAGCUUCUACGGCAGUGACAUGGGCAGCUUUGUGCUGGACAACAAGACCAGCAGCAUCAUCCUGGAGACCGAGGCUGCUGACCUGGGGCCCAGUGAGCACACCAAGAAGCCGGGCACACCUGGCACUCCGGGCACCCACGACCUGGAGACAGCACUGAGGCGGCUAUCCUUGCGCCGUGAGAACUACCUGUCGGAGAGGAGGUUCUUCGAGGAGGAGCAGGAGAGGAAGCUGCGGGAGCUGGCAGAGAAGGGCGAGCUGCGCAGCGGCUCCCUCACACCCACCGAGAGCAUCCUGUCGCUGGGCACCCACUCCCGCCUCUCAGAGAUCACCGGCUUCUCGGGCAUGUCCUUCAGCAGCCGCUCCUACCUGCCAGAGAAGCUGCAGAUUGUGAAGCCACUGGAAGGCUCUGCCACUCUCCACCACUGGCAGCAGCUGGCCCAGCCUCACUUGGGGGGCAUCCUGGACCCCCGGCCUGGCGUGGUCACCAAAGGCUUCCGGACCCUGGACGUUGACCUGGACGAAGUGUACUGCCUUAACGACUUUGAGGAAGAUGACACAGGUGACCACAUUCCCCUCCCGGGCCUAGCUACCUCCACGCCAGUGCAGCACCCAGAGACCUCAGGUGAGAGGUCCCGGGCUCGCGCGACUGUCCCAGGCAGCAGGAGCUCCCCCGAGGAGAUGCAGCAGCCGCCCGCGGCCGUGGAGGAGGAGGAGGGGUCUGGUGAGGGCGCAGCGAUCAGUCCCACAAGCCUGGCCCGGGCCCCAGAGGCCGAGCUCUGGGCUGUCCUCGCCUCUGUCCCCAGCACCAUCCGCAGUGGCUCCCUGUGUGUAGCUUCCGUGCGUCUGUGUGGGUGAUGGCAAAAGCGUCCCCAUUGUGUGGUGCUGUUUCCACCAAGUCAGAUGCCCCUGCACGCGCAGGGCAGCCCUGCCCAACUUGGCUCUCACGGCGGGAGCAGGAGAGGCUGCUAAAAAGGAGCAGUGUGGGCCGGUCAGUGCCCCUCUGUCUGGCGUGGCCAUUGUCUGAGGGCAGGUUCCUCAACGCCCUGGUCAGAGCUGUGCUGGGCGCAUGAGGGCAGUGAUGGGUGCUGGUCAGUACAUGGGGUGGGGACCACCUGGAUGCUGCGUUCACACGGGAAUGAGCCCAUGGCGCUGUCAGGGUUUCAGGUGGCACUCGAGCAGCCUUUGGCUUCCUGCCUCUGACUUACACAUGUCUGGGGGGAUUAAAAACGUGAUGAACCUGACACCCGAGAGAGACACAGUGGGGAGUCUGCUGAGCCGGCACCCCCGGCACCACAGUGUGAGCUCCGCUUGCAGGCACCCCGUGGCCUUGUGUUCGGUCCCUCGUGAUCCGUCUCCCCAGCCGGUACGCUCUGCCAUAGUGAGCUCUUGUGGGAGCAGACCCAGAAAAGAUGGGGAACCCCAGUGAUGUCACCCUCGUGGCAUUUCUAUCAUCGGGACUCUCAUCCUCGUGUCCCUAGUUUUCCUUUGUGAAAGCCACAGUGCCCGGGGAACCCUGGGCAGUGAGGAGCUGAGGCCCUGCAGGUGGACGGGGUCCUGGGACUCACUGUCGAGGUCACCCUGGGGCCACGCAGGGAAUAAAGCUGUCAUGGAGGACAGAGGCCAGAGGCACGGCAUGAUCCCUCAGCCUGACCCUUGCGCAGCCGCAGCCCAGGACCCAUUCCCGUCCCUCCCCACAGCUGCUGAUCUGGGCAGCACACAGGGCCAGGGCAGGCCAAGUGCUAAAGACAGCAUUCAGGGUUCCGCGUCGGGGAGGCUGGGUGGACCUUGCUUGUGCGUGGGUCUUCUCUCUGAGCGCUCCGCGCUGUCUCAGGGUUCGGCUCCUUCCCCCGUCAGAGGUGGCAGGACCAUCUGGAUGCUUGGUGUGUGAGAAGUGCUAUACUCUAACUGGUCCAGGCAUCCCCAUCGGUCCCAGUGCUGGGACUCCACCCCCGCACUCCGCCCACUGCUCCAGGCUUGCUCUGGGCCGAAGCCUGAGUCCCAGGAGCUGCCAGGGUGCAGCUGAGAAAUCCGAAGGAGAUUCUCCUUUUCCUUUGCAAAACGGGGGGAAUCGGGAAGACCGUGUACUUUUGCCUACUGUCAUGAGGGGAAAGGAUUUGAGCACUGAAAAAGAUUAUCAAUAUAUUUUAUGUAUUACUUGAAGCAUCAUUUGAUAAUUUUUUUAAAAUCCUGUUUAAAAAAAUGAUUCCAUGUUACUCUACUGUAAAUACUUUAGAUGAUUAAAAUGGAUUAAAACAACUUUUAAAUUAUAGUUUUACUUUGUUUCAGUGACACAUCAUAUGUGUUAACAUAGCACGAGGGCCGGGGAUUUAGCUCAGUGGUUCUGCUGCCUGCCUUGCAAGUGCAAGGUCCCGAGUUCAAUCUCUGGUACCAAAAACAAAAACAUAGUGCAAGGGUCAGAUGCAGCACUUCCUUGUCUUGGCCAGGCUCUGUGGGCUGAAGGCAUAAGGUCCCGGGGUCCAGCUGCAGCUGGCAGCUGGGUGAGCAGUUCAGCCGGAUGCCCUCAGAGACUGCGCAUCACGGGCGAGCGAGGUGGGCUGAAGUUGGGUCCACAGAAUGCGGAGGCCGUGGUGCUGAAGAGCACGUGGGGCUGCCCUGCAGAGCUGGCAGACACCCAGGGACACCUAGACCCUGGUCGGCAGGGAAGGAAAAGUCACCCGCGGGCACAUCGGGCCUGGAAAUCCCCUGAAUCUCCAUACCUGGGCCACCCAAGGAGCUGAGAAGGAUUCGCAGCUCCUGGUGCAUCCUGAUUGGACACUGAGGUCCUUGGUCUGUGGGAAGGCGGGGGACGCCUUCACAGAUGCCGCUGCUCUGCCCAAGGAGGGGGUGCGGAGGGGCUGAGUGGGGCUGGGCGCUGCCAUCCUGCCGUCUGGCAUGCUCUGGUCACCUGGGCCUCACUCCCACCCCGGUCGGGAAGCCACAACAGCCUGCGCUCCUGCCAGGGUCCGUGCAGCUGGAAGUGGGAGGCAAAGCUGUCGGCCGGGCAGCCCUGCUCCAGACCUCCGGCCUGAGCUGCUCAGCACCGCUUCUCGGGUGUUCCCUUGGGGCUCCGACUGGACUCUUCGCGUGGAGGGGCCUCACAGGAGCUCGCGGGUCGACCUAGUGGAGGCCAGGCCUGGGACUAGUGCUGCUGGAGCGGAUCGAAGGCCCCAGCGGGAGAGGCCUCCGCUGCCCAGCUAGGCCAGCCUACCGUCCCGUCAGCCAGAGGGUUGGCGCUGCCAUCGAGGACCCAGAGGCUUCUGCACUUGCCCGUGAUGUUUUGGCAGCACCCUAAAAGUCUCUUCUCUGGGCAGCAACCUGCAGCGAGCCCCUCUGUAUCAGGCUGUGAAAUUAUUCACCGCUAGAGUCACACACUUGUUAAGAUGAAACAGAUGCAAGGCAAAGAGUGGAUUUAAUUUUACAGAAGCCGAAAACAAAUUGUACAGAACCCAGAGAAAGAUCUGGUGAUGUUCAGAAAUCUCUGAGAGACAGAACCUGUCUGAGCUCUUGAUGUUUGAUCUCCGGGGUCCCGGUCCCCCUCAGAGCCACGACCACACCGGGGCUGUGUGAAGAAACGCUCAAGAAGCAGGGAAGGCGUUGCCAGGGUCUAAGAGCUUAGACGCGUCGCCUUGUAUUUAGUAGUGAAAGACGGCUUUUAUUACAAAAGGAAGGAACUGAGCUGCAUCGCUUCUCUGUAGCACUGGCUGAUGUCCCCACCCAGGCAGUAGCACCCGUCGGACCCGCACAGACCCUCACCCAGGCCUGCCUUAGGUGGGUUUCCAGGGUGCGUGUGGAGCUCUCUGUACGUGAACUCAUCAUAGAAAUUUUCCCUGGGAAGAUUCACAGGCGUGGUUACAUAAGAAAGUGGUAGAAAAGUCUUCAAAGCCUUUUUCUGUGCCCUGAUAAAGUGGUGCUGACAGGCGAGGAGCCAGCCUUCCCCUCUGCCUUUGCCAGAGGAGGCGCCUCAGUGAAAGCGCACACUGAUGUUCUUGGGCUGUGAGCUGGCUGGACGAGGCUCUGUCAGCAGCGGGAUGAGAAGACUGGGCCCUGGCGUCACCGGCGGUCCUGGUGAUGAUACAGGGCUGUGUGAGUGUGCGGGUAUCUGUUACUGAGUGUACAGAAAUGCAGGGCAAAUCCAGCCUCACGCCAGCAGCUUCACACUCAUGCUCAAGUUAAGAAAAGCAAAUAAAAUGGUCAGACCGUUUUCUCUAUUUCACACAAGCCUGCCACUUCUCACAAAGAGCAGAGAAAAUACAGAUGGCCCUCCAUGCAUCGCGAAGAUGGGUCCCGUUUUCCAAGAUUCUGAGAUGUACCUGAAAGACUUGACCUUUCUAGCAGUCGUUUCUGUGAGUUUAGAGGAAGACGCUUGGGCUGUGGCACGGUGGUGUCUCCACCCCGGGUGUGUCAUCUCCACGGGGAGGCCCCGCUCUGUGCGGCUCGCAGGGUUCCGAAAGGGCUGGGCUCCUUGAUGGCUUUCACAGAGGAAAGAGCCUGUGUCCUCCCAGCUCCCUCCCAGAGGACGGAGAGAGGGAGCAGCACUGGGGAGCAGGGUGCCUCAUGUGGGGCGGGCCCUGUCAUCCUUCAGCCCUGUGGAGCCCACGUCAGCGUGCACCUCCCCAGCUGUGGGCAUGGGCUGUGCUGGGCCCUCGCCACUGGCUGCCACCCACCCUGUUUCCCAUCAGUGCCAGUCAUCGCGGCCCAGAGGAGAGCUGGCACUCAGCACUGCCUCCCACAGGGCCCACUGCGGGUGGCAUCAGAGAGCGGGGACACAGGCCCUCUCCUGUGGCAUGUGGACUGUGGAGCAGAGAGCUCUGCGGGGAGCCUCCUGGAGUUCGCAGACCUCACGGCCUGGACAGGCAGUAUUGGUGGAGUCGCAGGCUUGUCGGUUUG